AUGGUCUCCAUCCGGGCUAAGCCCCGCUUCCGACAACACCAAAGAAUCGAGCCGGAUUACUGCCCCUGCACAUUGACGCAGUAUGAGUCUGAGCGCACUGGCAUGCGAGUCAUCGUGGUGGACCAAGAGGGCCCCAAGUUACACGGCUUCUUUGUUCUUGCCACCGAGAUCCACGAUGACUCUGGGGCACCGCAUACGUUAGAGCAUCUUUGCUUCAUGGGGUCCAAGAGCUACAAAUACAAGGGCUUCUUGGACAAACUCGCUACACGAGCAUAUGCCGGCACCAACGCGUGGACAGCUACUGACCACACAGCUUACACUCUAGAAACUGCGGGCUGGGCCGGCUUUGCUCAGAUCUUACCAGUCUACCUGGAGCACGUCAUUCUUCCAACGUUGACAGAUGCGGGCUGUACGACCGAAGUGCAUCAUAUCGAUGGAAGUGGCAACGAUGCUGGUGUCGUAUACUCGGAGAUGCAGGGCGUGCAAAACAUGGCGUCGGAACUGAUCGAGCUCCAAUCCAAAAGGAUCCUGUAUCCCGACGGGGUGGGUUAUCGCUAUGAGACUGGAGGCAUGCUGGAGCAGCUCCGUGCCCUUACCGCCGACCGCAUUCGAGAAUUCCACCGGGAGAUGUACCAGCCAAAGAAUCUCUGCGUUGCUAUCUUUGGGGAAGCGAAUCAUAACGAGUUGCUGGCCAUCCUGGAUGAAUUCGAAACCUCGAUCCUACCCCACAUUCCAAGUCCAGACGGCCCCUUUAAGCGACCAUGGAUGGAGUCCAAACUGCCGUCAUCGUUGGAGGAGACGACGCUGUUGAGAGUCGAGUUUCCCGAAGAGGACGAAUCUUUUGGUGAGGUUGAUAUUCGGUUCUUGGGCCCUAACUGCGCAGAUGCGUUGGAGGUAGGGGCCCUGAACGUUGCUCUCAACUAUAUUGCCGGCUCUUCGGCUGCACUCCUUGACCAUGUCAUCGUGGAAAAGGAGCAGUUGGCAAGCGGGAUUUUCUACCAGCUCGACAGCCGCCCGCGGACGGAGAUCCAGUUUUCCAUGUCCAGCGUCGAGACCAAGCGGCUAGAGGAGGUUGAGAAACGCUUCUUCGAGGUGUUGAAAGAUGCGAUGGAACAGCCUCUGAAUAUGGAUUUCAUGAAGGAUUGCAUCGACCGUGUGGUGAGAACCAGCAAGUACAAUGCGGAGGGCUCCGCCACGGCGUUUGCGGACUUCAUCAUCUCCGAUUACCUGUAUGGAAACAGAGAUGGGACAACCUUGGAAAUUGUAAAGUCUCUGAAACAUUAUACCGAGAUCCUCACAAGCUGGACGGAAGAGCAGUGGAAAGUCUUCAUCAGGAAGCACAUUUCUGAUGCGCCUCAUGUGUCGGUCCUGGGCGUUCCUUCUGCACGCUUAUCAGAGAAGCUGAAGGCGGAUGAGGCCAAUCGAAUCGAACAGCAAAAAGCCAGAUUAGGUCCAGAAGGAUUGGAGAAAAUGCAAAGAAAGUUGGAUGAGGCGAAGGCCGAGAACGACCGCGAGAUCCCAAGGGACUUGCUAGGAAAAUUCAAAGUCCCCUUGACAGAUUCGAUCCAUUUUGUGACAAUCCUCGGCGCUCGAGCAGGCCGGGCAUUGGAUCUCGGGAGGCGGAGCAACAAGUACCAGAAAAUCAUUGAUGACGAUGCAAAAGACGUACCACUCUUCCUCAAUUUCGAACACAUACCAACCAACUUCACCCGAGUCCACAUGAUCAUUUCUACCGAAACUCUUCCAGACGACCUCCGACCACUCCUGGCCAUCUACAUGGAAGCUUUCUGGAGCCUGCCCAUCAAGCGAGGUGACGAGAUUAUCGAUUUCCGCCAAGUGGUCACCGAGCUCGAGCGGGAUACCGUAGGCUAUUCAAUUGAUGCGGCGAACAACCUGGGCAAUGUCGAAGGCAUCAGAAUAAGUUUCCAAGUGGAGAGCGAACGGUACGGAGUGGCCGUCAAGUGGUUGACCGAAUUACUUUACAACUCCAUCUUUGAUGUGGAGCGGCUGAAGGCUGUAACCACUCGUCUUCUUGCAGACGUGCCCGACGCCAAGCGCAGCGGAGAUGACAUGAUGAUGACGGUUCACUUCAUGACGCACCUGGCUCCAAAAUCAAUAACCCGUGCAAGGACUACAUUGGUCAAGGCACUCUAUCUGAAGAGAAUCAGGCACUUGCUCAAAGUGGAUCCCGAACGAGUCGUGAGCCAGCUGGAGCGACUACGCAAAUUACUAUGUCGCUUCGAGAACUAUCGUGUCCUCGUCAUCACCAAUCUGGAAAAGGUGCAAAAGCCCGUGAGCACAUGGAAACCAUUCCUGGAGAAGUUGGACCCGACAAAAGAGAUGACUCCCGUCGGUCGCCGCAUCGAGCGACUCAGUGAAGCUGGUAUGAAUCCGGGGAAACUGGCCUACGUCGUUCCGAUGCCCACAAUUGAUUCGUCUUUCGCGUUCGCCGUGGCCCGCGGACCGACUUCCUACGACGACCCGCAAUUGCCGGCGAUAAUGGUCGCAUUGGCAUAUAUGAAUGCCGUCGAGGGGCCGCUCUGGGUCGCUGUGCGAGGCACCGGGUUAGCGUAUGGAACCAACAUGGGUUUCGACGUCGAAUCCGGGUUUAUCCACCUAGACGUCUACCGUUCCCCCGAUGCAUACAAAGCAUUCGAAGCAUCCCGAAAGAUAGUCUCUGGCUACAUGACUGGGGUUGUCGACUUUGACCCACUUAUGUUGGAAGGAGCGAUCAGUUCUAUCGUGGUAAUGUUUGCAAAUGAGCAAGCCACGCUGGCGAGUGCCGCAGGGAUGAGUUUCGUUCGAAGCGUAAUGCAAGGUCUGCCGGAUGAUCAUAUGCAGAGGAUGUUGAAGAGGGUGCGACAAGUGAGUGUGCAAGACAUCAAAGAUGCACUUGAGAAGGUGAUUUUCAAUAUAUUCCUACCUGGGAAGGCGGAUAUCGUGGUGACAUGUGCGCCGGGACUGAAAGAGGUGAGCAUUCCUGAUAUUUGA